AGUUGGCUACACUGACAAUGAUUCAGUCCAGAGUGGCUGUGGCAUUUCUCGCUGACGAAGUUUCCUUUUGUUUUGAGCUCGCAUAGAAAGUUUCAAUAUUAAUUUAUAAUUUUGUGUGUUUUAAAUUUUAAUUUGUUUUUGCGAUUUUCGCCUGCAAAGUGAAUGACUGUGCCAUCGAACAAUUGAAUGGGUCCAAUAAUGGCUGCCAUCAGAAAGAAAUUGGUUAUCGUCGGUGAUGGUGCUUGUGGUAAAACUUGUUUGUUGAUAGUGUUCAGUAAGGAUCAGUUUCCAGAGGUUUAUGUGCCAACAGUUUUUGAAAAUUAUGUUGCCGACAUCGAAGUUGACGGAAGACAGGUGGAGCUGGCCCUUUGGGAUACGGCUGGCCAAGAAGACUACGACAGACUCCGCCCUCUAUCAUACCCAGACACUGACGUCAUUCUCAUGAGCUUUUCGAUCGACUCUCCGGAUUCUCUGGAAAACAUUCCUGAGAAGUGGACGCCCGAAGUGAAACAUUUCUGUCCUAAUGUGCCUAUUAUUCUUGUUGGAAACAAAAAGGACUUGCGAAAUGAUCCAAAUACCAUCCGCGAGUUGGCCAAGAUGAAGCAAGAGCCCGUGAAGCCAGAAGAGGGUCGUGCCAUGGCCGAUAAGAUUAACGCCUUCGCAUACCUUGAGUGUUCCGCAAAAAGCAAGGAAGGAGUUCGUCAGGUGUUCGAGACUGCUACCAGAGCCGCUCUAUUGAAGGUCAAGAAGAAAAGGAAGGGCAAGUGUAGGCUUUUGUAGGGUGCAAAAAUGUUCUAUCCAAGUGCAUGGUUCUAUUACAAAAAUUGGGCAGAAUUUCAUUUUCCAACCCAUAAUCUUCACAUUUAUUCUUAUCAAACAUUUUUGUUCAAAUCGUGUAUGUCUUUUGAAUUAAUCUAACGUUUCUAUAUUUAGUUACGGUACUUUUUUUUAGGAAAUCCUUUAAAACAUAAUACUUUUGGUAAGGUUAUCUACUUACUAAGUUUGUUUACAUCACCAAACUGUCAAACCAGUCAAGUUAUUCUAAGGACUGAUACAAAUAUUAAGUUACUUUUGUUUAUUUGUAACUUUAUACCUUGCAAAAUCUCUUUCAAUUGUCUUAUUAUUUGAUAUUUCAUUUCUCAUCCUUUUCCAAAGUGGAAUCUUUUGAUUUGUCUACACUGAUCGAAGCAUACAAAAAUCAUCAGCAAUAUUAUCGUGUGAAGAAUAUGGGUUUUUGUUUAAGUAAUAUCAAUAAAGUUUGUGUACUGUAUUAACAAUGAACAAAUGGGAUUAUACGCAUAUUAUUUAGGUAAAUAACUAUUUUUUUAAGUAACUUACGUAGUUAUCUCUCUGAAAUAAGAACAUUUACAGUAAAACAAAAAUGGAUUUAUGAAUGUCAUUUUUUGCUUUGAAAUCUAUUUUUGAAUUCAAGUCAAGUACAGUAAUGCUAGGGUUUCCUAACUUCAAAACAGGAUAGUUUACACUUGGUACCGUGAAUGUUAAUAGAAAUGAAUUCAAACUAUCGCAUUUUAUCAAAUCCUGAAAUUAUUUUCUAUUUAAGCAAGCUCUGUAAAAUGUUUAUUCUUAUUAUAUUGAAGUUCUUAUUAUAAAAACAUUCUUAUUUCUUAUGUAGCUUUAUAUAUUUUGACGUAUAUAGGCCUAUAUUGAAAAUAGUUCUUGCUGGUUUCAUAUUUGAUACCGUAACCAUUGAAGGGUUUAAGGUAGGCCUAUCAAAAUCAUUACUAAUGAUUGCAUUAGUUUGAAAUUAAUAAACAAGAUUGCCCAUCUAAGUAUAGAUGUUAAAUUCUCAUGCACAGAACAAGUCUGUUGAUAACACAUUUUAGGGUUGGCAAGGAAUACUCUUUUAAACCCUAGCUUCACCAUAUUUUUUCAAAUGAAUACAGACUGUCUCUGCUUGUUGAAUGUAUAUGAAUAUUGAUUAUUCAUAUUAUAUGUAGGCAAAUUGGGAAUUAAUCAUAAAAUUUCUGUAGCAAUAAAUAUAUUCACAUACUUGCAUUACUAAUCAAUCAUUACGUUAAUGGAUGAAGAAAAAUCCUACAAAAUAGCCUUAACAAAAUAAGCACAUACUAUCCAAUAUCAAUGUAUUGUUUCUUGAUUAUUUCUUCCAAGAAUUGUAGCAUCUCAUUUAUUUAAUUUAUAAAUUGAUUAUUCUUAAGUCUUAUGAGUCAGUUUCUACUGACCUUUGUCUGGUAAUGAUAUAACUUACAGCAACUAGAAAACUUUCUCCCCAAGAAAGCAAAUUAUACUUUUGGACUCUAUCAUCCCCAGCUUGAUAAUUCAGUUAGUCAAACUAUAUAUUUUAUUUGUUGGCAUGAUUGUAAUCGAGAUUUGCAUGUGUUGUUUUGGUAAUUAUUGUAGUAAACGUGAUAAUUUCCAGUUUUCCCCCAUUCAAACGUGACGUUUCUACAUUUAUAGUCUUGUGUAUAAUUUUCAACCAAAAAAGAAUACCUUCUAAACUGAGUAUUUAGUCUAAACUGACUAAAUGAUAGUUUGAACAUCCUCGUAUUUAAUUUUCAAUUUAUUGAACACAAGCUUCAGUUCUCAAUUGUUCAACUUUUCUCAAACUGGAACAACUAUUAGCCUACCUUUUUUAGUAAUAUUAACUAUUGUAGCUUUUUAAUUUUUUCAGUAGAUUAAUGUUAUAAUAAUUAUAUCUAAGAAUCAUGAAGCUUAUCAAAAAUUUUAACUUUCAAUGUUCAACAUAGGAGCUGGCAAAAUUUAGUUAUGACAAUUUUGUUUUUAUUAAUUUAAAUAGCCUUCAAGAUCUUUUAAAACCUAAACCAUGUUUAGAAAUCAAGAACAAUAUAUUACGUAAGAACAUAAUCUAUUUUCAAUUAUGAAUUAAGAACUUUAUAUGUUUUUCAAUGCCAUUCUUUUUCUAUGAUUAUUUAAUGAGCUUUCACCUCAUAGCGAUUGAGAAGGAACAAGAUCGAUUAUAAGUGCGAUUUAUAAAUCUUUUGAUAAACGUAUAACACCGAUUUUGAAUUAGUAUGUGAAUAUACGAGAAGUCAAUAAUACUCAUGAAAAAAUUGAUAUAAUGUUGAUGAUGUUGCAGAUCUCCAUUUUCAAUUUUGUGAUAAGCCAACUAAAAAAUGUAAUUUUCACCUAUUAUCACGCACAAACGAUGGCCUAAAUGAUAUUCCUUAAAAAUAAUUUAAUUUCUUAUUUUACUGUGAGAGACUUCAAUUUUACUAAUACAUUUGACUGUCUAAACAUUGUUUUAUAAUUAUACCAAUUUUUUGUUUAAUUUUUAUAGAAAAGCCUAAUUAUUUUUAUUUGAUUUUCAAAACAUUUUGGAGUUGGUGGAGGAUUGUCCAUGAGCAAUUUUCUUAUCAAAUAUAACUUUGCAGUAGAGAUUCCAAGAUGCUCUUUAUUAUUUUCAAGUUAAAAAUAUAAAUUAUGAAUACCUACAACCAAUUCUAAACAUUUGAAGCUCCCCAGGUAAUUUUAUUUUCAAGUCUUCAAUGACUAAUCAAUAAUUCCAAAUCUCUAAAGCUCAUCUACCCAUUCUCAAUAAUUUGCCACGUGAUCCAUUAAUUUAUCUUGUACAAUGUCUAUCUCCCACCUUAAACAGUUAGUUUUUCUUUUGCACGUUUGAUGUUAUUACAACUAACCGUUCACUGUCAUGUUACCUUUGAUUGUGAUUAUGCAGUGGAGAAGUCACAAAAUAUUAAUGACUGAUGGUGGUCACUUAUAAAUUCCUCCAUGACAGUGUUAAUCAUUGUGUCAUCUAAACCCAUUUGUGUUCAUUUGUAUUUGUUUUCAAGUUUUUUAGAAUAUUACAUUUGAAUAACUAUUAAAUCGUUGAGUAAUUAUCGUAAUUUACAUUUCAAUAGAGAAUUUUGUUCCAAGUCUUGCUAAUGUUACUUUUAAUUUACUUCUGCCAAUGUAAGUCCACUACUUGCGAUAAAGGAUGUAGUUAUUUGCAUCAAUUUGAUUCAAUCUAUAAUUGAGGUACCUUAAAAACGAUAUUCUCUACAUUUCAAUGAAGAGCAUAUUAUGAACGGAUUUCAUAACAAAUCUUCAAGCUCUGAAUAAUACUCGUUGCCAUUUUUUAAAACUCGAAAAAUGUUUUCACUCAAAUAUCUUAUUAUUUUUGUAAAUAUUCUGCUCACAUUUAGUUUUUGAACUCCCUACCAACAAUUUUAUGACACAAUGCUCUUAUUUCAUAAGAAUUUGAAUGAUUAGCCUUUAUUUAUAUCAUUUCAAGAUUUUAAUAUUUUAGACAUUCGUUAGAUUUAGGCUUGAUAAAUACUUAUAUUAUCGAUUAUUAUUCUUGUUCAUCAUAUACUUUAAUUACCUAUACCAAUUUAUUGCUUCCUGUUUAUUUUUUUAUUAGUACCGUAGGUAAAUAUAUAUUAUUUGAAUUUGUUAAUUAUCAUUAAUAAAAAGUAUGUAUCCA